AUGGCUUCCGCAUUAACCGGUACGAACGUGCAAUUAGUCGGUCUUCGAUCGGCCCAGGUUGCGGCAGCGACUUUAGGAGCAGUCGCUUCCUUAUCUUCAACCCCGUUUCUUGCGACAACCGCGUCUAGCAGUCAAUCCGUGCUGGCAAGUCUACAGACGUUGAAAACCAACAAGCAGGAGAUAGGCCAACUUGCGAAAGAUGUGGCACAAAUCCUGAGUGGUAUUGUUGCCCUCGAAGUUGGUCGCGACAAGGACAGCAUGGUUGAACCCGAGCUAUUACAUGAAAUUGGGAAGUUUGCAGAGACAAUGAGCAAGUUCCAACUGUGGCUCGAUGCCUACCAGCGGACCAGCAAACUCCGUCGCCUAUUCCGUCAAUCUGAGGAAUCUGUGCAACUGCAGGCAUGCAAGAAGGGAGUUCAACAAGCUCUAAAUAUUUUCAAGAAAUACGCUGAAUUAGCGGUCUCUACCAACGUGGAAUCGAUGAUUCGAGACGCUCAAGCAAGACAUGACCAGCUCAUUGAGUUAAUGGGCUCCGACUCCGACAGCUCUUAUUCGGCACCAUUCUCUCUUUCUUACUCUGCGGGAAGUACUGGGUCACUGUCAUUAUUACCACCAGUUCCACAGCUCUUCAAUGGCCGUGAACGCGAACUCCGCCAAUUGAUCCAUCUGCUUUUGACUCAAGCUGCACGAGUGGCCAUCCUAGGCCCCGGCGGGAUGGGAAAGACAAGUCUUGCUGUCGCCACACUGCAUGAUGAGGAUAUAGUGAAGAAAUAUCCAAACCGACAUUUCAUUCCAUGCGACUCCGCAUUCACCGUUUCCCAUCUUACCACGAUCAUUGGCAUUAACCUUGGCCUUGAACCCGCAUUCCGGACGCGCCAGGGAAUCAUACGGCACCUUACGGAGAAAUCGUCAUCCUUGCUCGUCUUGGACAACUUCGAAACACCAUGGGAACCCCAAGAAAAUAGGCCCGGCGUUGAGGAUUUUGUCUCUGCCUUGUCUGAUAUUCCACAUGUGGCCCUUGUGAUGACCAUGCGAGGUACCGAGCGGCCUAGCAAGACGCUUUGGACGCGGCCAUUCAUGCCUCCUCUCGAACCGUUGUCAGACGUUGCUGCCCGCCAAACUUUCCUCGACAUUGUUGAUGAACAGGAUGAACCCGGAAUUGUCGAUGAUCUUCUCGCCCUGACGGACAAUGUCCCCCUUGCGGUCAACCUUGUCGCUCGAGUUGCCGCAGUUGAAGGCUCCGCAAAAACCCUUGAACGUUUCAAGGUAGAGAGGACAGCAACUUUGAUCGACGGAAACGACAAGCGGUCCAAUAUCGAGACUUCAAUCCGCAUAUCUCUAUCCAGUCCGCGAAUCAAAUCAUCUCCUCACGCACAAGAGCUUCUCAGUCUUGUGUCACUCUUACCUGACGGGGUUUUUGAUGUUGAUCUUCUUCAAAGUCGGCUGCCCAUUCCUGAUGUCCUUUCCCACAAGAUUAUUUUGAUUCGAACCUCGCUUGCCUAUGCAGACCCUUCAGGAAGGCUGCGUGUAUUGGCUCCCAUUCGAGAAUACAUCCAAGUUGCUCAUCCGCCAAUGCCUCUUACCUUACGUCGCCUCCGCCUCCACUUCCACAUCCUGUCGGAGUUGUGGGAUGCCUUCAUUCACCGGCGCAGCCUGAUGACCGACCUCUACCUCCGGCUCUCGUUGAACAUGGGAAACAUGCACCAAUUACUGAUCCGUGGUCUGGAUGACGAUCCGGUGGACCUAAAAAUCACCGCGCAGACGAUUCUAAGGCUGAAUUACUUCAGCCGGCUGAUGAGUCGAGGAAUCUCUCCAUUAUUUUCUCGAAUACCCGCCAUUCUUCCCUCAUUGGACGACGACUUCAUCGCUUUGCAGUAUCACAUCGCGGUGCUGCUCAGCUGGCAAUUCAUCAAAAUCGCCGAUCCGGACAACCUAAUUGAGACUGCAAUCUCCCUUUUGCCAAGACUGGAGCGACCAAGAUUAGAAGCUGCAUUAUAUAACGCGGCUGGGGAAUACUAUCUCGACUGCGCGCAUGAUUCUAAAAAAGCAAGACUGUUCUUUCAACGUGCACUUGUAUUGGGCAUCAAAUCGGACGAGAUGGUCCCUCAAGCACGUGCCAUUGGUGGAUUGGCUUUGCUCGAAUGGUUCCAGGGAAAUCAUAAGGAAUGCAUCCGUCUUGCGCGGGAGCAACAGCGAUUGGGAUAUUUAAUGGACAACACCAUUGCUGAAAUCAGUGGGAGUCGGCUCCGUGCAAUGGCCCUGACGGCCAUUGGCGAUUUCCGGGAAAGCGCCAGGGCCCUAACUGAAGGACGCGCAGCGAUAAUCAGGACUCAUAUGCUCAACUCACAAUACGACAGUAUGUUCAUGAACGUCGAAGCGGAAAUGCAUCUAGUCAAGACCGAGUAUCAAGAAGCACGCGAGUUGUAUGCGAAAAUUGAACGACAGUCCUCGGCAGUGUUUAGUCCGCAGACAUACGCAUACGCCGUCAUAGGCCUUGCUUUUGUCGACAUUGAGAUUGGCGUUCACCCUGACUUGAUUCUCGCUCACAUCAAGACUGCCCAUGAGCCACUUCAUCGGUCGAAUGAUCUUCGAGGGACGCAGAUAGUAGACCUUUGUGAGGGUUGCCUCUCAUUGCGGGAGGGCAAUAAGCUGCACGCCCGACAAACCCUUACUCGUCUUUUUGGUGAAUUCCGUGCUGACGACGAGGAAUGUACAUUCAUGUGUCUCACGAGACUGGCCGAUCCAACCAACCGUCUUCAUGACUUGGCGGAUGCUGUCCGCUGGGCUACUGUGUUUUUCGCGUUCGCUCAGCGCAAAAGCAAUCGACUGGCAAUACACCAAGCGCUCCGAUGUCUCGCUGAGGUCGCGAUUUGGGGCGGGGACAGAACCGAGGGCUUCAAUCUGCUCCAACUUGCAUUGGAGGGGUUUACUGCGAUGGACGUCCAUCACAGUCGAGCACAGUGUUUGGGCUCCCUGGCAAGGCUUGAACUUCGAAUGGGCAAUCGUAUGAAGGCGGAAGAGUUGUGGCGGACUGCACGGCCACUGUUUGAGCGUUGCCAUCAGUUGGACCAGGUAGAGCGCAUUAACACCUCGCUCUCUAAACUCGUGUUGUCUGACGGUGGCCGAGAUAGAGUAGUUGCACUCGCUUGA